CACCUUUGAACAACGUAAAACUAGCCUGCGUGCUCUCAACAGAAAGAAACACUAAGAACUAGAACCAUGGCAUUGGCACGCUGCUUUCAUGCAUGCAAAGCCCCAAGCUUUCACAAAAUACGCAUGACUCAAUCUUCCGGCGACCGGAAAGAGCGCUCCGAAGAGGCGGCGUCCCAACCUGCGGCGGAACAAUUUGCGCCACUGGCGGCAACAUUUAGGAGGAGACUCUUAGUGGGGUUAGGAUCAGCCUCUUUGGUUGCUGUUGGCGCAAAUUUUGCAGGAGUUACAAGCUUUCUACUUGGGUUGUCCCCCGAAACUAGCCGGAAUCUCAAGCUUGAUGUCGUUUAUCCUAUUGAUGGCUACAAUAGAUGCAUAGACACAAAUGAAGGAUUUGAAUUUAUAUACCCAGCAAGGUGGGUUGGAGAUCAGAGGCUCUUGUACAGAGCAGCGGAGAAAACAGAGUUUGAGAGGUCACUUGAUCCUCCUCCAUUGAAAAAUGCCAAAAGUAAUGGUGGGAGAAGGAAUAAUGUGAAUGAACCUGUUGUUGCAUUUGGGCCUCCUGGUACAAGCGGCGAGCUCAAUGUUAGCGUCAUCGUCUCACCUGUUCCUCUUGAUUUCAAAAUUGAAGCAUUUGGUGGACCAAAGGAGGUGGGAGAAGCUGUAGUUAGAACCAUUACAGGAUCUAGCAAACGACCUGAAGUGAAAGGAACUUUGGUAGAGUCCACUAUGAGAAAGGAUCCAAUAAGGAACGUUAAUUACUAUGAGCUAGAGUUCAGGGUUGACAGCCCCACAUUUCGCAGGCAUAAUGUUGCGGUUUGCUGCGCUCGGAGUGGGAGAUUAUUUACUCUGAAUGCUCAGGCACCCGAAUCGGUAUGGCAGGAAGUGAAGUUGGACUUUGAGAGAAUUGCUGAAUCGUUUAGCCUCACUUCCUGAUAUGAAGACAGGGAGCAACUUCGGUUUCAUAUACAUCCAGAGGCUAUUACACUUUUGCAAUUUUCCUCCCAAGACCUUUUCCGAAUGACUUUCCUAUCUACUUUGUACAAGUUUAGUUGCGAGCAUAGAAGACCAGAAAGACAGGGUUUCUGUAAAAACUAAGGGCCCAUUUAGUUCGUAGGUUUUUAAAUUUUUAUAAGAAAAAACAAUGUAAUAUGCCCUAAAGAGAGACCAAAACAGAAAGGUUUCCCAAGUAGGCAAAACGAAAAUAGAAGUCUCUUGGCAUCUAAUUUACAUUUCACAUUUCGUAAGUAACUCAAAGUAUGAUCUAAGUGUUAGAUUGAUGGGAUGAGGUGUCAAUCGCUAUGUAACUUUUUUGAGUCCACGAAAAAUAGAAGAUCACGCUAACAAAUUUACACAUUGGAUAUUCAAUCCGGGUGUCAGUCAUCGAUAUAUAAACUAUAGAUACAAGAGAGCACUUCAAGCACAAGUUAUCUGUCUUCGCUUGGGCAUUUUCUCCAUGUUCUCGGAAACUGCUGCUGUUAAAUUUGGAUCUUCAAAUCCGACCUCAGAG